AUGACGUGGGAAUCAAUUGCCGCGACAAAGCGCCAAGUACUCAGGGAUUCCAUCCCAGCCGAAUGGCUCAUUCCUGAUACCAUUUUUCCGUCCGAAGAUCAGCUGGAUGUGACAAAUUUUCCUCGGGAAUCUGGAUUUUUCACUGAAAAUGAACUGAAAAUCACCUCGUCUCCUGCCCCGACUAUUCUAUCUCAUAUAUCUUCGGGAUCAUGGACUUCAGAGAUGGUGACCGAGGCGUUCUGUAAGACUGCAGCGGUAGCCCAACAAUUGACGAAUUGCCUAUCGGAAAUAUUUUUCGACAAAGCCAUCUUGCAGGCUAAGGAACUUGAUGCCUACUUCCAAAAAACUGGCAAGACAAAAGGUCCUUUGCAUGGCUUACCUAUCUCCCUCAAAGAUAACAUCAACGUCAUUGGCUACGAUUCAACAAUUGGGUUCACGUCUCUUGUCAAUAAACCUGCAAUCAAUAAUAGCACGAUCGUUGAUCUUCUCCUUGAAGCUGGCGCGGUGAUCUACUGCAAGACCAAUGUACCAACCGCCAUGAUGAUCUCGGAGACUGUAAACAAUCUUUUCGGUCGCACAGUCAAUCCAUUGAAUCGCAGUCUUACCACGGGUGGGUCAAGUGGGGGAGAGGCUGCCUUGAUUGCGUUUGGGGGUGGCCGGAUUGGCGUGGGGAGUGAUAUCGGCGGAUCUCUCCGUAUGCCCGCUGCUUGCACAGGCAUCUUUACCAUCCGCCCAUCUUCCGGCCGCUUCCCUAAUUGUCAGUCGCGCGCCUGUCUAGAGGGCCAGGAAACCGUCAACGGCGUCAUCGGCCCGCUAGCGAAGAGUCUGGAAGAGAUUGUCCUCUGGGCCAGAGUUAUUAUCGGUCAGAACCCCUGGAUUCGCGACCCAAAGUGCCUUCCUAUCCCUUGGCGAAGUGUGGAGAUGAAAGAGCGUCUCAAAAUCGCGGUCCUCUGGAACGACGGGGUUGUAACCCCAACCCCUCCUGUCGCUCGUGCGCUCAAGGAGACUGUUGAGAAAUUAGAGGCAGCCGGUCAUGAGACCAUCACAUGGGCAUCAACCGAGCACACGGAAAUGCUAGCCCUGCUUGGAGGCAUAUUUUUGGCAGACGGAGGGAAGUCUGUCCGGAAACUUCUCGAGCCAACGGGUGAGCCUUUCCGCCCAGAAAUGAAGCCCUACGAGGAGGCAAACGAUAUAGGCGUAUACGAUCUAUGGCAGAUGCAAGUUAAGCGCAAUUCUCUCUGCAAAUCGUACCUGGAUCGAUGGAAUGAAGCUGGCAUUGAUGCUAUUCUAUGUCCUACAACCCCAUACAGCAGCGUCAAGCACGACAAAUUCGCGUACGCUGGGUAUACAUGCGUCUUCAAUUUGCUUGAUUAUCCGGCUGUUUCGUUCCCUUGUGGUAUAAAGACCGACAAGGCUGUUGAUACACCAUAUGACGACCAUCAGGCAUUGAGUGAUAUGGAUGCACAAAUUCAGAACAACUACUCUGAAGAAUCCGUGCAUGGCAUGCCAAUUAGUCUGCAACUAGUCGGCCGCAGGCUCAGUGAGGAGAGUCUACUGGCGAUGACAGAUCUCAUACUGAAGUCUAUCACUUUGUGA